UUUUGAACGAGACCCUGAAUUAAACGCAAAACAAAUUCACAUUAUGGAUUGGUUUUCAUCGGAUAUUUACUGUAACAAGACAGCUUUUGAUUAUUUAUAUCAGCAUUUGUAUUAAAUCACGGUCAAGGUAGUAGGCGGGACCUGGGCGGGGUUUUCUCUUGUAGGCGUCGACCGCAGCUCUCCUUGAGGAAGCUCGCCCUGACGACUCAUAUUUUCCUCUAGAUGAGCAUCCACAUCCAGUAUAUCCAAUAUGGUGCCCUAUUCAUUUUCCGACUUACCCUAAUGGUCCAACGGCUUCGUACAAGAAAGGAUUGCCGAAAUCUGCCGGUUUUGUGACCGAUCAUCUUUAAAAUGGCAAGAUCGCCGGAGCAGCUUCAGUAAUGAGACCGAAAUUCAGAUUAACCCAGGCCUGAUAUACACGUCUUCAAGGAGGCCUGUCUACGUCCACAGCGCCAAUCCUGUGAGACCCCUGCAGCAUCCUUCAACAUCCCCACAUCACUGCUUGACAUUUCUUGUCCCGGGCUCCUCCGCAAUGUCAAGCCCUAGCAGCAGCCCAGAGAGAGAGGGAGGGAUGGCAGGAUCUGUUCAGCUGGAGGACCUCAACUCGCCUCCCGGACUGGAAACUGACCCUCCUUUUGUUGGCAGCCCAGUGCUCAGUCCGGAUUCCAGUUCCCAUGAUGCUGCACUCUCCGCCCCGGCAGCCUCCCCGGCUGACUCGGAGAACCUCAGCCCAGAUGAGCUUGAGCUUCUGGCUAAACUGGAGGAACAGAACAGGUUACUAGAAGCGGAUUCAAAAUCCAUGCGCUCAAUGAGUGGAUCUCGGAGGAAUAGUGGCUCCUCUCUGGUGUCGAGCUCAUCUGCGUCCUCUAAUCUGUCCCAUCUGGAAGAAGACACUUGGAUCCUGUGGGGACGCAUUGUCAACGAGUGGGAUGAAUGGAGGCGAAAGAAGGACAAACUUCUGAAGGAGCUUAUAAGAAAAGGCAUUCCUCAUCAUUUCCGAGCAAUCGUUUGGCAGUUGUUAUGUAAUGCCACUGACAUGCCAGUGAAGAAUCAGUACUCUGAACUCCUAAAGAUGUCCUCGCCCUGUGAAAAACUCAUACGCAGAGAUAUUGCCCGCACAUAUCCCGAACACGACUUCUUCAAAGGCCAGGACAGUUUGGGACAGGAAGUUCUGUUUAAUGUUAUGAAGGCAUAUUCUCUGGUGGAUCGUGAAGUUGGUUAUUGUCAGGGCAGUGCCUUCAUCGUAGGAUUGCUACUUAUGCAGAUGCCGGAGGAGGAGGCUUUUUGUGUGUUUGUCAGACUAAUGCAGGAGUACAGACUUCGAGAAUUGUUUAAACCCAGCAUGGCUGAGCUGGGUCUGUGCAUCUACCAGUUUGAACACUUGCUACAGGAGCAGUUGCCAGAGCUGAACGUUCAUUUCCGUUCUCAGAGUUUCCAUACAUCUAUGUACGCCUCGUCCUGGUUCCUCACUCUCUUCCUCACCUUCCUGCCCUUGCCAAUAGCUACACGUAUCUUUGACAUCUUUAUGUAUGAGGGUUUGGAGAUCAUAUUCCGAGUUGGAAUAGCGAUAUUGCAGUACAACCAGACAGACCUCAUACAGCUAGAUAUGGAAGGAAUGUCACAGCACUUUCAGAAGGUGAUUCCACAUCAGUUUGAUAGCUGCCCGGAUAAACUUAUCCUACGGGCCUAUCAGGUCAAAUACAAUCCCAAGAGAAUGAAAAAAUUAGAAAAGGAAUACACCACCAUUAAGAACAAAGAGAUGGAAGAACAGAUUGAGAUUAAGAGACUACGUACAGAAAAUAGACUACUGAAGCAGAGGAUUGAGACACUGGAGAAAGAGAGCGCUGCAUUAGCAGACAGGUUGAUUCAGGGUCAGGUGACACGAGCCCAGGAGGCAGAGGAGAACUACGUUAUUAAGCGUGAACUGGCUGUGGUUCGGCAGCAGUGUUAUACAGCCAGUGAGAGUCUGGAAAAGGCUCAGGACACCAUACGCGAACUUCAGCAACACAAGUAUACAGAGGAGUUUGUGAGUGGGCUGCAGACUCAGCUGGAACAGUCUCGUCUACAGGAGGCAGAACUACUCGGUGCUCUGAAAGAAAUGCAGGACAAAGUGCUCGAUCUGGAGAAGAGGAACAGCUCUCUGCCUGAUGAAAUUAAUGUAGCUCAGCUGCAGGAGGAGCUAAAGCUGGUGAAACUGAGAGAGCAGGAGACUCUACGUUCCUUCAGAGAGAUGCAAGAGGCCGUUACUGAUCUCAACCACUGCUGGCAGAACCAUACGUCUCGUGGAGGAGGAGGAGGCCAUUGGAAAGAGUCUCCUAAGAAGAUUGCGUUGAAUGAGCUGCAGGAUAAACUGAUGAGUUUGAGACUGCGAGAGGCUCAGGGUCAGGCUGAACUCAAAGAGGUCAAACUUAAAAACCUGCAGCUGGAGAGCCAGAACCAGAUCAACUGUAAACUAAUCGGCAGACAUGAGCAAGAGAGCGCCAGCCUGCAGGAGAGACUGCAGAAUGCUCUUUCUCACAACAAAACACUACAAAGCCAGCUCAACGAAAUGAAGAGAAAGCAGGCCGAGUCUGACUGCAAGAGCAAAGAAGAGGUGAUGGCAGUGCGUCUAAGAGAAGCUGACAGCAUGGCUGCUAUGGCUGAACUCCGGCAAAAGAUAGCCGAGCUAGAAAUACAGAAAGAGGAAGGACUGAUCCAAGGUCAGCUGAAUCACUCGGACUCCAAACAGUAUAUAACUCAACUGAGGCAGCAGAUCGCCGAACUCAAGAAUGAGAUCAGGCAGCUGCGUGGACAGCCCUCCAAGUUCCAGAAUACCGGUGGUGGUGCUUAUCAGGACCUAUGUUUGGAAAGCCCAGCGUCUGCAGAAGGCGAUUACCUCAGUUCAGACGAGGACCCUCUUCAGAGCCACCUGCCUGUGACCGCCCUGUAUCCGCAUCACUCGUCACCUCGUCUGGACAGUCAAGGCAGCUCGGACAGCGACGGGGAGGAAAGGAACACCAUUCAAAACCCCUGCCAAGACCCUCUGCCUAACCAGCAGCAGCUUUACCCGGGCAUGAGGCUUGCAGCAGAAACGGUGCCUCUCUCAGCCUGGACGUUCUUCGUUUUACUGUAUUGUUCUUCUGAAGAGGAUGUGUUAUGUUUAUCUCAAACGCAACAGACACUACAAUCACUUUAAUGAAAGGUAAAGGCUGAAGGAGAAAAAGAAUGAACAAAGUCGUAUUAUAUAAUGUAAUAGGGAUGUUAAUAGUUACAUAGAUGAUGAAUAUUACCGUAGCUCAUCCAUGUAUAUGUGUGUGUUUUAUAUAAAACAAUGAAAGAUGAUCAAAAUUUUGGAUGGGAAAAAAAUCCAUUGCAAAGGAAAACUAUUGUGUGUCAACAUUGCCAAAUGUUUUUUAUGUUAUUUAUAUGUUUAAUUAUUUUAUGUUUUUUUUUUUGUUUUUGUUUUUUAAAUAAUGUUAAUGUACAUGUACUUCAUGCAUACAGAGGCCAAACUAUUUAAUUCAUACUAUUCUUCUGUGCCAAUCCUGAAAACUACAGGGUCUCCAGAAAAGAGAUUAGUUUAAAAAAGGUAAAAAAAAAAGAAAAACAACUGCUGCUAUGACAUUUCUAGUUAUUUUAUUAUUAUUAUUAUUAUUUAAUAUGUUCACGAGGAUAACCCAUUUCCCAUGUAGAGUAGAUCUAUAUGUCCAAGAUAUACUGUGAACUUAUUAUUGACUUGACGCUCAUCGGCAAUGAGUUGCCUAGAUUUGUAUUCGAUUUUGAUUUGCAUUUCACAAUUCCACGUUUAACCACCUUAAGUCAGUUAUUGAUCCUGACUUUUAACUGUAAACGUGAGAUUUUGGGUUUGUGCUGAUUCUAAAGCAACUUCCUGAAGCAUUUGUGAUGACUUGCUCAUGGUUGUUAUUGAAGAAAGUCUUUUUGAUUUGUAGAGCUACGGCUUGCUUGCAUUUGAUUGAACUACCGAAGGUUUACAAACGUAACUACUUAACUAAAGGACACUUGAUACAAAAUAAUGUUCGAUUUUGUAUAUAUACAUAUAUUAUACACUUGUCCUCCUUUUAAUCAAGUUUGGUCACUUAAAUUAUUCUACCCGCUAUUUCGUAACCAUCUGUCUCAGUACUGUCUACGAUGUCGUGUUUGUCUGACCACACAUGGUACAUCAGUGUCAUUGCCCUUCCCCACUACUGCCUCAUUUUACUAAAGCUCGGCGAUCGUUGCGUUUAUCAGACAUUUUAGGUGUUUACAUGACUUUCUGAGAGCGAAACAUUUCCGCCCCUAUGCUCAGACGAGACAUUUGCACCCUUUACUGGUUAUUGACAAAACCUGUGAGAAGCUGCUCUCAGUUAUAUCUCUGACACUAUGAUGCAUUACAAGACAUUGAAAAAAGCAUUUACAGUAUGUGCUGAAUAUGAAAUGGAAAGCCGUUUAAGUGUGUUCAUAAAGCAUAUUUCCUUUUGAGUUGUUGUCAGCUCUAGAUAAUCUGGGGUUGCUGUUUUAACAUACCACAGUGUUGUAUCGACUGAAAUUUGUCUUCUGUUGUCUGCAAAAUGGUGAAUGAAUGGUUAGUGUGGAAUUGAUUGUGUGGAGUGGCUAUGUUUUCUUUCAUCGAACCUGUUGUAACCCUUUUACUUAUAAAAUAUCGUCCAAUAAUACUAUUUUAUGCAUAUGGACUUUUAUUUUGGUUCAUUUUGGAGUACAAAUGAAAACUAAACUCUGAUUUAGAGUAACAUCCUGUUCCCCAAUGACCUCUGUAACAUAUAAAAGCAUCCACAAAAGAACUGUGUAAUGUUUAUGAAGUGUUCUUUGCAAGUAAAGGAAGUUGCUGUGCACCUUUCAUUUCUUGGUGGUCUUCAAAGUGAAACCUUUGAGGGUCCCAGUAGUUGAAGAACUUAUUCAAGAAGUCAUUUUACCAACUUGUUCUGGUUUGGGACUGUUGGAUUUCAGAUAUUCUAAGGAAACUGUCCUCACAACUUGAUUACAACACACAACGGUUUUGUGGUGUGAGUUUUAGCUUCUGAAGAAUAUUUGCUAAUAGGAAAUCAGAAAUGGCUGUUUUGAAAUUAACUUGAGGGAAUGAGAGUUUGGUAACUGUUGUUGUUAAUUGAGUCGGUUUUGUUUUAAACAAGUCAUUUUCACAGUAUUUGAAAGGCUUUGUACAGAUUAUUUGUUGUAACCUGACCAGGAACGUACCAUUUUUAGUUUGUCAAGGGGUGUCUGAUAUGGUCAAACACAUUUCCCUCACACAUUGAGCUUGAAAUUUCAACCUUUUUCACAAUGGCAUAAUUGCUUUGUGAUCUGAAGAAAAAAAAUGAAGAAUGAAAAAUAUGGUGGUGAUAAUAAUGUGGUAUAAUGAGUCUGUUUUCUUUGUGUAAAGUCUUUCACAUAUCUCUAUAUCAGUGUUCCGGUUGAAGCUGAAUACUUUUGUUAUCAGAGAUGUUUAUGUUGCAUCUUUUUAUCUCUCGCCUUUUGUUUUGUUUUUAAGGUUGUCGUGUCAACAAUGUUCAUAAUGAAACCCUAAUUUGUUUCCUAACUACAACAAAAAUGCAUAAAUGUAGGAUUUUAUGCAUGGGUUUGAAGAAAACAGCUGUUCAAAACAACAUUUCUCAUGUAUUGUUUCACACCUCCUAUAUCAGGAUAUGUUUUAAGUUGUAGUAAACUAAAUCAUUCCAACAAGACCUGUUUCUUUUUGUUGUUUUUUUAAAGAGAAGUGUGGAGUACACUGCCUUAUUUAUUUUUAUUUAUUUGAUUUUAUUUUUGUAUAUAGCGCAUGUAAUGUCCUCAAAGUGUUACAAGCAUACAGAAAAUAUGCAUACUAUGCACUGUAUUGAAAUUUCUUUCAAAUGUAGUAUGACUGUGGUAUUUUAAACACUGUGUGUAUCAAAACAGCAACCCCAAAAGCAGAGGUCAAAGGUCAAGAUUUCAUACACAUCACAUUAUGCUUUCAGGUGUAGCCAUAUUAAAUAAAUGGCCAGCGAGGGCAUGAAGUCAUAAAGCAGAGCUGAUGUGACAUCAUCUCCUCUAUAGUGCUCCAAUAGCUGCCUUACCUCCUUUCAGCAGUCUGUAAAUGUCCAGUAGUCUCCCUGUCUUACAUCCUCUCUCUCCUACAAUUUUACUGAUGUGUUAUUAAGAAUGACAGUACUAAAGAUUAUAUAAAUGGCAGUGUUAUCAAAUGAUGAUCCAGUGUUCUGUAUUUGAUGAUAAAUAAAAUGUAUUUAAAAAUGAAUAAACAUUUACAUUCGCAAA